GAUGUCUUUUUUUUACACAUUUCUUUAUUGAGCUUUUCUUAUAAGAGAUGCUUAAUGGAAGUAUUAAUUGAUUUUUUAGUGAAGGUGCAUUUGGAAGAGCCUGCAGUUUGGACAGUUUUUACAUUAUUGUUUGAAUAAUGAGGGAGUGCAUUUCUGUCCAUGUUGGCCAAGCUGGUGUGCAGAUUGGAAACUCGUGUUGGGAACUGUACUGCUUGGAACAUGGUAUCUGCCCAGAUGGAACUGCCGCUGAUAAUGGCAAAACUCUACUGGACUCCUCCUUUGGCACAUUUUUCAGUGAGACUGGUCCUGGAAAAUAUGUUCCUAGGUCAAUAUUUGUUGACUUGGAGCCAUCAGUUAUAGAUGAGAUCCGUAAUGGGUCCUAUCGUCAGCUUUACCAUCCGGAGCAGUUGAUUAGUGGUAAAGAAGAUGCAGCCAACAACUACGCUCGUGGUCACUACACCAUUGGAAAGGAAAUUGUGGAUCCGGUUCUGGACAGAAUUCGUAAAAUGACUGAUCAGUGCUCAGGUCUUCAGGGAUUCCUCAUCUUCCACAGCUUCGGAGGAGGCACUGGCUCUGGCUUCACCUCCCUGCUGAUGGAGCGUCUGUCUGUGGACUACGGCAAGAAGUCCAAGCUGGAGUUCUCGGUCUACCCUGCUCCCCAGGUGUCUACUGCUGUAGUGGAGCCCUACAACUCCAUCCUCACUACUCACACCACUCUAGAGCACUCUGACUGCGCCUUCAUGGUGGACAAUGAAGCCAUUUUUGAUAUUUGCAAGCGCAACCUUGACGUUGAGCGUCCCUCCUACACCAAUCUGAAUCGUCUUGUCGCCCAGAUUGUCUCGUCGAUAACGGCAUCUCUACGCUUUGAUGGGGCUCUGAAUGUGGAUCUCACGGAGUUCCAGACCAACCUUGUUCCCUACCCUCGCAUUCACUUCCCCCUGGUCACCUACUCUCCAAUAAUCUCUGCGGAAAAGGCUUACCACGAGCAGCUCUCCGUGCCAGAGAUCACAAAUGCUUGUUUUGAGCCAUCUAAUCAGAUGGUGAAGUGUGACCCAAGGCGUGGUAAGUACAUGGCCUGCUGUGUGUUGUACCGCGGAGAUGUGGUUCCCAAAGAUGUCAACGGCGCCAUCGCUGCCAUCAAAGCUCGCCGAAGCAUCCAGUUUGUGGACUGGUGCCCCACCGGCUUCAAGGUGGGCAUCAACUACCAGCCGCCAACGGUUGUGCCAGGUGGUGACUUGGCCAAGGUGCAGAGGGCUGUGUGUAUGCUGAGCAACACCACUGCCAUCGCCGAGGCCUGGGCUCGCCUGGACCAUAAGUUUGACCUGAUGUACGCCAAGCGGGCCUUUGUGCACUGGUAUGUGGGUGAGGGCAUGGAAGAGGGGGAGUUCAGUGAGGCCAGAGAAGACAUGGCUGCCUUGGAGAAGGACUAUGAGGAAGUUGGGGCAGACUCAGCUGAGGAUGAUGAAGAGGAGGAAGAAGAGUACUAAAGUGUAUAAGAUUAUGUAUUUGUGCGUCAGUUUAACUAAUAAAUGUUUGUAUUGCAAA